AUGACCGAACAACGAAGAAUAAGACGCUUUGUCCAGGGUCUGAACGUGGAGAUCCAGAAAGAUCUAGCCGUAGCCCAAAUUAACGCCUUCAGCGAUGCAGAGGAGAAGGAGCAACGAGUAGAGAAUGCUAGGUUACAGGAGGAAGGAUGCUGGGAAUGUCACGAGGGGGCUCGACACGAGGUGGCCAAGUUAGGAGAGGCCAAAGAGAAGGUUUCCGAAAAGGCUCGGCUUCUACAUCUCGCGGAUCCUGCGGAUAUUGCGGGAAGCCAAACUACACGGAGGACAAUUGCUGGAAAAAGGAGGGAAAAUGUUUGCACUGCGGAAGUGCAGACCACCAGCUCGCCACUUGUCCAAUUCUAUCACGAGAUGGAAGGGGGAGCCAACAACCAACGAGGACCAAUUCCGAACCGGCUAAGGUGGAAGGGACCAAACCUAAGUUACCACUCGUCCAUUCAAAUGGUCCCAUACAAAGCGCUUUACGAGAGAAAGUGCCGGUCACCGAUCUAUUGGGAUGAAGUUGGCGAAAGGAAGGUGUUAGAUCCAACAACUAUUCCAUGGAUGGAAGAGGCACGAGAAAAAAUCAAGUUGAUACGACAAAGACUCCAAACAACUCAAAGCCGACAAAAGAGCUACGCGGACAAUCGAAGAAAAGAUCUAGAUUUCAAAAUUGGGGACCGUGUUUUUCUUAAGAUCACACUGUUACGAAGCGUCACGGCGGGUAGAGGAAAGAAACUUCAACCAAAGUUCGUCGGACCUUUCAAAAUUCUCCAGAGAAUUGGGAAAGUAGCGUAUCAACUUGAACUACCAUCAAGUCUGUCCAGGAUUCAUGACGUCUUCUACGUCUCGAUGCUUAAGAAGUACUAUCCCAACCCGUCCCACAUCUUACAACAGGAGGAAAUUGAGAUAGAUGAAUCACUCACCUACGAAAAGAAACCUGUACAGUUGCUUGACCAAAAGGUUAAAGAGUUGAGAAACAAACAAAUUCGUUUGGUGAAAAUCUUGUGGAAAAAUCAUGGGAUAGAAGAGGCUACCUAG